AUGUCUUGGCCGCAGCAGCCGACCAGCUCAGCCUUGCCGUGGGCCAGCAGUUCAGAUGGCCCCCUGGGCGGAGUACAUAUCUUCAAUCACUUGCGCAAUGGCGUUUAUCUGUGGUCAGUGGGUGACACAUCUGGCCAGCCAACAGUCCUCCCAGCCUACGAGGGGCGGUAUUUCGAGUCCUGGAAGGCCCGAGAGAACGGCGGAAUUUCCAUCAAGCUGGCAACGGAAGACAGCCAAGCGAGUAUCCUGCAAUUCGAAUAUACUCUUUCGAUCCCGACCGUUUACUGGGAUGUCUCCUAUAUUGAUAUGGACGUUGGCUCAGAAUUUGUCAAGCAAGGAAUACGCGUGACGGCGGACGAUCCUACCUGCCGCACCAUAACAUGUCCCGCCGGGAACUUCGAUUGCGAUUCGGUGUAUCUUGAGCCGGAUGAUGAUUUCGCGACCCGUGGAUGCCCCAUGCAGACCACAUUAACCUUGACAUUGGGGCUCUGA